GUGAGUCUUCCUCUUUCUUCUAAAUUUUGAAACAAAAGGUUCUCUCUCUAAAAAAUCUCUUCCUUUAUCUCUCUAUAAUCUUUUUAUUCUCUCUAAAUGGGUUCGGGCAGUAGCCGAAUGGGUCGGCGCCCAUCACGCAUCCGACCGAACCGCAAAAGCAGCUUCUUCUCUUCUCUAAUUUGCGGCGGCUCCGCUUCUUGCUCUUCUUCUCAGAUGGAAAAUUCUCCAGAUGAGAUUCAAGUUAAUUCUGGAAAGCAUUGUGCUCUGAUCACCCAUGAGAUUCGGAUUCCCACAGAAGAUUCUUCUUUCAUUUCUGGCGCGGGUACGGGGUCUAUCAGCUCUGCUGCUGAUGAUGGAGGUGGAGCAUCACCCGGAAGCUACAGUGCAGUCAACGAGGGAACUUCUGCUGCUGAACAUGGUUAUAGAAAUACUGAAACGAGUAUUAAUGGAAAAUGCUUGUCUGAGAGUAAGGAAAUAGUUGCUCCAUGUCAGGUAAGUGAUAAUCAUAGUCGUAGUGAAUUUUUUAGGAAUAGAAGUAGUGCCGAAGCUAGUACUUCAUUUAAAGAUCAAGAAUCUUCAGAUGUUGUCUCUGUCAAUGUUUCCACUAACAAGGAUGCAACCAAUGGCCUUGACAAUUCAGAGAACAAGGGUGUAUCUCAGAUCUGUCCCCGUAACAUACAUCCAGGCAGUUCAUCUUCACAAGGGCCGGGAGGUUCUGGUGUUGAUGGCUCAUCUGUUGGGAAUCUCGUUGAAGAAGUAACAAGCACAGUUCAUUCUGGUCACAUUUCUCGUAGAUCUGAUGGUCCUGCAACUUUUCUAGGAGAUGGUUUACAAGAAGCAAUACCUUCAAGUUUCGGACUUCUCAUGGCCAAUAGGGAAGAAGGGCAGGGAGAUGAAAGUGUGGUGCAUGUAGAUGUGGUUAGCGUCUCUUCCAGCAUUUUGUCCGGUAGCAAUUCUGAUACAAAUAAUCGUGAAGCCAGGCGAAGCAGUAGAAGACUGUUCUGGGAUGCAUUUUCAAGGCGCAGUUCCAGAAGGCAUCUGGAUUCCCCAACUAUCGUUUUCUCAACGGAUAAUACUGAUGAUUUACUAUCUCAUGACAGAUGGCUACUUGAUUUCAGUGGUGAUAUGUUUGGUGAUGGUAUAGGCAGCGACUCUGGGUACCUAAGCAGUAGAAUCCACACCUUGAAUGGACGAAGAAGACACUCGAGAUCUGAGAUCUGGGAAAGACUUCGUGGUGGCCUUGACGAGCAUGGCCGUAGAACUACCUUUUGUCCAUCUGGACUCCAUCUUGAUGGUAUGUGCUCAUGUGAAUCGUUCUCAACAACUGAGGAGACUAGUACUCGUGCAAGCAUAUCACGAAUAGUCAUGCUUGCAGAAGCUCUAUUUGAGGUUUUGGAUGAAAUUCAUCGGCAGCCACUCUCGCUUUCCCUAUCGACAAUGUCACUUCCUGCCCCAGAAUCUGUUGUUGAUUCUUUUCCUCUUAAGAACCACAAAAAGGAGAAAAAGGUAGAAGGCGGUGAUGAUGAUGAACAGUGUUACAUCUGUCUGGCCGAGUAUGAGGAAGGAGACAAAAUAAGAGUUCUCCCCUGCCAGCACGAGUAUCACAUGUCAUGUGUCGAUAAAUGGCUUAAAGAGAUACACGGCAUAUGUCCACUCUGUCGAGGAGAUGUUCGUGAGGGUGCCAAUGUUCCGUCUGCUUCUUGCAACGAUUUCUCAAUACGUCCGUAAUUCAAAAAUAUCACCAGUUCGAUGAGGAAGUGUAUAUAUUUUUGUAAAUAACCUGUUCUUUUUGGCCCCACUUUUCCCUCUCUUCUGGCUAGACUCUUAGCUAAAUGUUGUAACAUCAUAUGUAGGAUUUUAGUGAAAGCAAAUAAAGAAAAGCAAGAUCUUUUUGUUGUAGCUUUUACGUUCUAUAUUAUGGUUUGCCUAGUGGCAAAUCCAAUUUCAUUUCA